AUGGCCGUCUCGAUACAGGACCGCACCGAUGAGUUCCGCUCCAUCCUCGCCCAGGCCCAGCGGCGACAGGCACAGGCCAAGACGGGCGCCCAGCGGCAGUCGCUCCUCACAGCCCAGGAGAAGGCGCAGGCCAAUGGCAGCCCCCAACGCCAGCGCUCCGAGUUCGCGCGCAGUGCGGCAGACGUCGCGCGCGGCGUCGCGAGCACCAUGCAGAAGCUGGAGCGCCUGUCGCAGCUGGCGAGGCGCAAGACGCUGUUCGACGACCGGCCUGUUGAGUUCGACGAGCUCACGUUUGUCAUCAAGCAGGACAUGACUGCGCUUUCUGGCCGCGUGCAGGCGCUGCAGGCCAUGAACUCGAAGCAGCACCCCAAGGCUCGGCCGGGCGUCGACCAGGAGGGCGAGCACAACAGCAACGUGGUUCUGCUGCUCAAGGACAAGCUGCAGAACGUAGGCACCAAUUUCAAAGAUGUUUUGGAAGUGCGCACCAAGAACAUGCAGGCCUCGCGCUCGCGGACAGAGCAGUUCCUCUCUUCCGCCGCCGCACAGUCACAUAGCAGCCUCGACCCCGCCAGGACCGACUCCCCCCUCUACCAAACACCCCAACGAGGCCGUUCGCCUGGAGGCUUCAACCGAAACACAAACGCCGCCCAGCAGGACCUGCUCACCCUCGAGCCGUCUGGCUCGUCAGCGCUCACUCGCGGCGGGCUGCAAUCUGACGCUCAACUCCUGCUCAUGGAAGAAGCCCAGCCGCAAAACGCCUACAUCCAAGAGCGGGGGCGCGCUAUAGAAUCCAUCGAGUCCACAAUACAGGAAUUAGGAGGCAUCUUCAGCCAGCUGGCACAAAUGGUGUCUGAACAAGGCGAGCAGAUUCAGCGCAUAGACGCCAACACCGAGGAUGUUGUGGACAACGUUGAAGGCGCCCAACGCGAGCUCAUGAAGUACUGGAGUCGGGUUCAAGGCAACAGGAUGCUUGUCGCGAAGAUGUUUGGCGUUUUGAUGGUUGUAUUCCUCCUCUGGGUGCUCAUCGCUGGUUAG